GUAGCUAUCAUUAACUGAUAAGAGUCGCCAACUAUGGUCUCUCACUGUUUAUAAUCAUUCGCCUCCCGUCGGGCUCACUGAGCACAUUCUUUUCUUUGGGAGAAAAGAGAAAAUGAAUUUCGAACUUAUUCUAGUUUCUCUAGCAACAUGUAUUUUAUCUGUAAAUGCAGAUUUUCACGAGGAAUGCCGUCAAUCCCUCCGCGAUGGACGUCUUCGUAUCGAAACAGUUGCAGAAACUCUGGCAUCUCGUGAAAUCGAUCGACUUGUCUCACUAAUGUCUAACUCGAAAGAUCAAAUUAAGGGUUAUAAUGCAGAAAAAUUGAAUUACUCUCCAAAACUUCAAGAUCUCAUCAAAAUCCGAGAUGAUCAGCCACCAUGUCCACAACCAAAUGCAACAAUGUUCACAACACCUACUACGCCGGCUGCACCCACAACGACUGCUGAUCCAACUACAGUUGCAGAUGACACAACUACAGCUGGAGCAACCGAUUCGAGCACAUCUGGAGCAUCGGAUGCACCAUCAUCAACACCACCACCUCCACCGAAAAUUUCUGACAAGAAGAAAAGAUUCAGUCCAAGUAAAGUAUAUGUGACAAAGACAAAGGAUAUGGAUCCUUUCUCCUGGUAUAUGAAGACUCUUCAUUACUACAUGAAACGUGAAUCAGAAGUUUGUAAUAAUCAAAUCACCGAUCUUAACUCCAUCACCGAAGAUCAACUUUUCGGAUACUUCUCCACACUUGCUACUGCUCAUCCAGGACCAUUCUGUUCACUUUGUCAUAGAUUUGCCGAAGAAAUUCAUUCAAAAGUAUUGAAACCAAAUAGCCUUCUGAUUACUGAUGAUGAAUACCAUAUUUCACAUCUUCUCUACAAUCAUUUUCCAAAGCCAAAAGCAAUUUGUACAGCUAUUGCGCCGGGAUGUGAUGACGAUUAUGCAGCGAGGGUUCUAAACCUGACCGAAUCAGUAGUCUGCCUGGAAUGUACCGCCUGUAUGUCCAUCACAAAUGUGCUUCAACAUAAGAUCUUCCUUCAACCAGCCAUGCUUGAUCAGACUUACUAUUGGCUCCGCGGAAACCUUUUCCACAAUUUGUGUGCUGAACUUUGUCUCGCAUUCCAGGGAUUAGAUAUUCCACUUUUCCCGCAUGGAUUUACUUAUGACGGAUGCCAGAAUGUGAUGAAAAAGAAGUUUUAUCAGCUUAUCGACGUUGCAACAGUUAUCACUAGACCCGAAAGAUUUUGCAGUUUGGAGCUUCAAUGGUGUGAGCUCAAUGAGCAGCCAAAUGCACUUCAUUGUCUACGAGAACUUUGUCAAGAGUAUUUCAAAGAUACUCCACAAACUCGUUGGCUUUGUAGUCAAAUUCCAGAUAGACCGGAGCAAGCAGAUGCAUUUUUAAAUAUUCGACAAACGAAAGUGAAAAAAGAAAAGAAAGACUAUCAUAUGGAAUUCGAGAAAAGAAACCUUCACGAUGAACUUUAGACGUUUUCUUAUAAUUGCAUAAUUUAAUUUUUAUAAACUUUUUACUUUGCUGAUUCUUCUUUUAUAUUUUGUGUCUUUAAACAAAACG